GAGUCAGUCAGUGGACAGCAAUGUCAGGGCAGCGUGUGUGUGUGUCUGACUUUGAGGAGGAAGCCAGGAAGGUUCUUCCUAAAGCUGUGUAUGACUACUACCGCUCUGGAGCUGAUGAGCAAAGGACACUGGCUGACAAUGUUGCUGCUUUCAACAGGUGGUAUCUUGUCCCUCGGGUGUUGAGGGAUGUGUCCACUGUGGAUCUGUCUGUCUCUGUGCUAGGCCAGAAGCUCAGCAUGCCUCUCUGCGUGGCAGCUACAGCAAUGCAGAGGAUGGCUCAUUUUGAGGGAGAGACCGCUACAGCGAGGGCAUGCCGAGCAGUGGGAACAGGGAUGAUGCUGAGCUCUUGGGCCACCUCCACUAUAGAGGAAGUGAUGUCAGCUAUGACCUCAGUGGGUGCUGGGGGUGUCCUUUGGCUGCAGCUUUACAUUUAUAAAGACCGAGAACUCACACUAUCAUUGGUCCGCCGGGCAGAGGAGGCAGGCUAUAAGGCUAUCUUUGUUACCGUGGAUACACCGUACCUAGGGAGGAGAUGGGCUGACAUGCGCAACCGCUUUAAACUGCCCUCACACCUGAGCAUGUCUAACUUCUCAACAGCCUCCCUGGCUUUCUCUGAGGGGAACUAUGGCAACGACAGCGGCUUGGCUGUUUAUGUUGCAAAAGCAAUAGACCCCACUCUCUGCUGGGACGACAUCACCUGGCUGAAAAAACACACACAUCUACCUGUGAUUGUGAAAGGAGUACUGAAUGGUCAGGAUGCCAUCCAGGCUGUGAACUACGGUGUUGAUGGCAUCGUGGUGUCAAAUCACGGAGCUCGACAACUGGAUGGAGUUCCUGCCACGCUGGAUGUGUUGGAGGAUGUAGUGAGGGCAGUGCAGGGUCGCUGUGAUGUCUACAUGGACGGAGGAGUGAGGCAAGGGACAGAUGUCCUGAAGGCUUUAGCUAUGGGAGCAAAGGCCGUCUUCAUCGGCCGACCGGUGCUGUGGGGCCUCGCCUGUCAGGGGGAACAGGGAGUUAGGGAGCUUCUGGAACUUCUGAAAGAGGAGCUGAGACUGGCUAUGGCCCUGUCAGGUUGUCGUUCUAUAUCCGAGGUGAGCAGGUCUCUGGUCAGGAGAGUGGAGUUCACAUCCAGGAUGUGAGAGAAGAACCUGUUGGAAGGAAUUUCCAGAUAAUACAUUAAUUAAUUAGGGAUGAAGAAUCCUGAUCAAGGUUUUUUUCUUUUCCUUCUUUUCCUGAUCCGAUCGAAGUCAUCCCAAUUAGAUUUAGAUUUUUCAAAGUAACAAAGCAGGCGGGGGCGUGCUCUCCACUGCUGUCUGUCUCUCUUCCUACAAGCAGAGUGGAGGAGAGACAGCAGAGAGUAGACAGUGGCUGCACUGGGCACGAAAGCUUUGCAAGUAAAAACGUGUAAAUAAAAUGAAGGAUUGGGUCGGGUCAAUUAGCCAAUACCGAUCAGUUAAAAAUUCUUUGAGAUGUGAUUGGGACAUCUUCAUUUGCCAUUUUCUGUAUUCAGACUUGUUAAACCUUCAAUCAAAUCCUUUAAAUAAAAAGCCUGAUUUAUU